AUGGCGGGCUCUUCCUCCACUUCUGGAUUCUUUCAAGCGUUACCAACGGUGCCGCCACUUUACACGGCUUCCAGGCUUGCUUCACCCCAGGGAAUGAAUGUUUCAGAUGAACAAGUCUUUGACAGGGCAUUGCGCCUUUAUCUACGAGAAAGCAUCCCAGAAAAGGUCGACACGUCGAUCCAUAACUUUACCAGACUCGUCAUUGAUCCUUCAACACUACGCUUGACCGUGGACUGCGAGACCAAUCAAUCUAAACUCAAACAUUUAAACACAUUUGGCGAGGAGAAUAAGGCCAUGGCCGUCUCGAUGGACUUACUGGCCAUGGGCAUCAGCAGCCAGAGGACCAGCAUGCCGUGUCUUGGAAUAGAAGGAUACAUCAAUUUGCGCUCGUUCAUGCCUGGAUCCCAACUGCGGCGCUGA